GCUAUAUAGUCCACUGGUGCGUGCGUUACCUCGAUCCUGACCUCUCGCUCAGGGACAUACGAUAGGUGCACCGGAUCAUGUCAGACUCAUCUGAGGCUCGCCCAGGAAGGAUUACCCCUGAGGAGAUCGCGAGGACAGACUCGAUUCAUUCCCCGAAGCUCUCACAGGACGGCGCGUAUGUCGUCUACUGCGUGGGCCCGAACUUCAGGACGGGCGAUCAUUCCACCACGGCACUCUGGGUUGCAGAAACGUCUGUUGAGAACAGCGCGAGGAAGAUCACGUCUGGAGACAAGCAUGACUACGCGCCGUCCUUCCAUCCCAGCUCGGGGCUGAUCUAUUUCCUCUCGGACCGGGAGAAGGCUGGUGGUCCAGCGAAGUUAUACAGCAUCCCAGUAGACGCCACAGUGGAAACAGACGCCUCCCUUGUCUUUACACUCGAGGAGUAUCAAAACUUUACGAGUUACGACAUCUCGCCUGACGGGAAUUACAUCGCGUUCACGUCGGCCAAGAAGGACGAACAAGACACGAAAACCAAGGUCUUCAAGAUAUGGAGGGAGAAGACCGGUCUUGCGUCGCUCUAUGUCGCUGACUUGCGACACCUCCAUGAGACGCCGCGAGUCCUCGUUAAGACGGAUGAACAUGUCCACUCAUUUUCUUGGAGUGCAGACAGUCGUUCCAUCCUGUAUCGCCUCUCUGACUACGCAGACGAAGAGUGUCUUCGCGGCCAACCCAUCCGCGAAGCUGUGGUCGACAUCCACUCGGGGAUCACGCGCGAUGAAUUCCUUCAUCCACGCAAUCCUAGCAGUGCAUCAGUCUGGCGCGAAAGAGGCGAUAUCGUCUUUCUGCAGAAUACAACGCCUGGCUGCUUCUUCUCCGCGCAGUCGCUUUGGGCACGUCCCUCGCCAGUGGCCGCAACUGCCCAUGUCAAGUAUGGCGAAAACGAUGGUACCCUCAUGAUCGUGGAUCUACGGAAGGAUUCUCAGUAUGCCGUCGCUGUUGCUCGAGGCCUGGGCACGAUCGUAGACGUAUUCGACGUCAAUCACAAAGCUUCGACCAUAUACGCAACGCAGGACGACCAGAUCUCUGGCCUUGAUAUUAAGGCGAUCUCUAAGGGGCGAUAUUGUUUCGUGAUCCUCCGUAGCUCAGCAGUGCGGGGAGAGCCGCUUGAGGUUUGGUUCGGCAGUGCGGAUGAAACCACAGGCGGGAAAGUAACGCACAAAUUAUCCUCUCACAACAUUUGGCUACCGCAAGAAAGGAUGCCUGUGAGCCGUCCGUGCUACUGGAUCAGUCCCGAUGGUCAAGAUGUGCAAGGCGUCAUCUCUCAUCCCAGGGGCGCGGACCUGAAAGCUAUGCCAACAGUGGUUGCGAUUCAUGGAGGACCUACAGAUCGCGAUAGCUUGGAUCUCACGUUCCAUUUUCUGAGCUGGCGUCUGUUCCUCGCGUCACAGGGCUAUCUUGUUCUAUCGCCCAACUACCGUGGCAGCAUAGGGCGCGGUGACGCGUUCGUGAAACAUGCCAACGGUGGCAUGGGGACCACAGAUUGGAUGGAUGUGCAAAGUAUGGUUGACCAGAGUAUCGCAGAAGGACUGGUGGACCCGAGUAGAGUCGUUAUCGUUGGGUAUAGUCAAGGUGGAUUUCUCACCGCAUGGGGCGUGUCGCGCCCGAACAGUAUCUUCAAGGCUGGCGUAGACGGUGCUGGAGUCACAGACUGGGGCAUGUUAGCAGCAACAUCCGAUGUACCGGACCUCGAGGCGGCUCUUUGCGGAGGUGCGACGUGGACGCCGGAAGAUACCUCGUUCUUACGAGGAAGCCCCAUACGUGAUAGCAAGAAUGUCAACGUCCCGCUUCUACUCCUACAUGGGGAACAAGACAAAAGGGUUCCGGUCACGCAAGCAAUCGCGUUCCUGCGAGGAGUGGAGAGGGUUGGACAGCCAAGCUCGAAGCCGAUGCUGGUGGUAUAUCCUCGGGAGGAUCACAUAUUCCAAGAGCGCACACACGUGGAGGAUGUCUAUCGACGGCUAGCUGAGCAUGUUGAAUCUUUUCUGUGAUUGGCAGCUGCCAGGACACGUACGCGAGCGACUCGCGAUGGAAUGCAUGCAUAGGGAUCGGACAGCAAUCACCACCGUGACGAUGCUACAUGCAUCUGAGUGCCGGACAGCGUCGUACUUAUACAAUAGCUAUCAUACUCGCCGAGCCCUAGCACUCUCGAGCAGAGUAUACCAAACAGGAACUAGAAGGAUCGUCACAGCGCGGCGUUGAGCGUCUUCCAACAGGGUCCA